CAAAAACUCAAAACCCCUCCAAAAACAAACUCCUCUAUUCUCUUCUUCAUUUUCAUUUUCAUUUCCCGCGCCUCUUUCUCUCUCUCUCUCUCGACUUCACCUCGCAGACGCUACACGAAACAGAUCCGAAUCAACAAUCCACCAUGCUCACAUCAGAACCCGAUCCCAUUCUCACCGAGAAAUCAUGGCAUCUCUUUUCCCUUCUUCUUCAAAUCGGCCACCCCGUCCACCCUCAACUUCUCGCCUCCUACUGCAAGCUCUUCCCCACGUGCCCCGACUUCGUCAGGCACGUGACUUCACUUCCUCGCUCCCCGAUCUUACUCAAUGCUAAUGGACUCGUUACUCCUUCUGCCGACGCCGUUAGCGCCAUUGGAAGGUUCGUAACUGUUUCCAUUGACCGCCGUUUUCUGUUUCGGAACAUUCCAGAAUGUUCCGGCUGGUCCAAGAAACGGAAGGUGGCUACUGACAUGGUUAAGUUUCCUGCUGCUAAGAGGAGGUUGUCUUUCACUUCUGCCGGAGUGGUUGAAAGAGAUCAGAGGAGAUUAACAGUUGGCGAUGGGGUUCUAGAAGUAUCUUUGGAGAGUUAUGCGCCUGAUGCAAAGAUUAUGACGAGAAACAACUUCCCUGCACUGAAAUUUGAAUCAGCAAAUAUGGAUAUUGAGAGUGCUAUUAUCCCUUUGCGCAUCAUUGAAAAUGGGGAGUGUUUUGAUUGUCCAGCACCAAAUUUUGUCGUGACUGGUAAUAAUACCAGCACAAUCACAUUCCGGGGAGAGGUUUCUGGUCCUGUAACUAAAGCUAGUGAUAGUUUGUUCAUAACUGGAAGUGAGUUAACUUGUAAGAAGGAAACAGGUACAGAUUCAUUCAUGCAAUCUAAUCUCUCUGUCAACCAUGCUCAGUCAACUGGUUUCCAAGAUACCUUACUUUGCAAUGAGACCCUUGUUGGUAACAUUGAAUUUGGUUUCCAAGAUACCUUACUUUGCAAUGAGACCCUUGUUGGUAACAUUGAAUUGGGAAAGAAAAUGGACAACUUUGACGCACUAGGGAGUGAAUUGGUUGAGCAAAAUAAUAUUGGUACUGCAGAUAAUAUUUGUAAAACUAAUACAAGCAAAGAUCCAAUAAGUGAAUCGAAGAAUGAAGAUGAAGGCUUGCAAGUGGAAAUUGAUCCAAAGAAAGGGGUGAUUGGUUUUGGCAUGGAGAAAGAAAAGGAAGAUGUAUUUGAGAGGGGCCAUAUUGCACUUGUUGCAGAAGAACUAAAAAAUGGUGUGGAACCAGAAAACCAUGUAUCUUUGUUAAAUUUGGACAACAAAAAGUGUACAGUGAGAAACAUGGGGACUUCAACUCCAAAGCAGCUUCUAAAAUCUCCUUCCAUAUCAAAGGAAGGACAGAGGAAUGAUUUGCAACCAAAGUUACCAGUCCUCACAGAGUCACUAGCCUGUAACAUAUCUAAUAAAACUCCAGAAGAUGUUGAUCAAUGUAGAAAUGAUCAGACUCAGAAAUGGCUUCAGAAGCCCAAGCGAAAGCAAAACCACAAGGAGAACCUAGUAGAAACUAUCUCCGUUACUCCUAAGGUGGAGAAAAAAGCACAUCCAUCUUUUGAAGCCUUUACAAUAGAGGAAGAAGAAGGUUCAGGUGGUUAUGGCACUGUUUACCGCGCCCGCAGAAAGACUGAUGGAAAAAAACUUGCAAUAAAAUGUCCACAUGAUAAUGCUCAUAAAAACCAUAUAAAUAAUGAGCGAAUUAUGCUUGAGCGUUUUGGGGGUAAAAGCUUCAUAAUAAAGUUUGAAGGUUCUUUCAAAAGUGGCAGCAGUGACUGCUUUGUUUUAGAACAUGUUGAGCAUGACAGACCCGAGGUUUUGAAAAGAGAAAUUGAUAUAGUUCAGCUUCAGUGGUAUGCAUAUUGCUUGUUCAGAGCCCUUGCUUGCUUACACAAAGAGGGAGUUGUUCAUCGAGAUGUUAAACCUGGAAACUUCCUCUUUUCUCGAAAGCUAAGCAAGGGCUACCUCAUUGAUUUCAACCUUGCCAUGGAUUUAAAGCAGAAGUACAACAGUGGAAGUAAAUCAAAACUAGGCCUCGAUACAUCAAACAAUGUGCCUGUACCAUCUGGCUCCCGCCCAUUGGCCCAUGAAAAGAACAAUGGAGGAAGGAAGUCCAUGACAUUCAACAAAAGGGAAUUGGCAGAUUAUAAGAAAAAUUCUGAACUUAUUAAUAGGCAUGCAAAGCAGAAAGCUUAUGCUGGUUCUCCGAAAAACUGUGUUGGUAAGACCGGUGGAAAUUUACUUAGAGCACAAGGAACAGAGGGCUCGGGUAUAACCUCGGCAAAAGAUGUUACAAGCACUCGGACUGCUUCUGCAGAAAGGCUCAGGGAGCCCCUGCCUACCCAAGGAAGAAAAGGGCUUAUCAGUUUUCUGCAUAAUUCUGUGCAAUCUGCAAGCAAUAGCUCCAUUAAAGGUCCUUCUUCCCAAAGGAAAAGAGUAACUGCCCCUUCAGGCAAGGUAGAUGGCAAGAUGGUUUAUCUUACACCGAUGCCUUUACAUUCAUCUGUUGCCGCUGGGUUAUUGAGAAGCAAAGGAGAUGGAAAACUCAAAAGAGAAGGUUCAUGUGUCGGUACUAAGGGAUUCCGUGCUCCUGAGGUUUUGCUUAAGUCUCAGUUUCAGGGACCAAAGGUUGAUAUUUGGUCAGCUGGAGUUACUUUGCUUUACAUGGUGAUUGGGAAGACUCCUUUCACUGGCGAUCCAGAACAGAAUAUAAAAGACAUUGCUAAGUUACGGGGCAGUGAAGAGCUUUGGGAAGUUGCAAAGCUACAUGACCGUGAAAUAUCUUUUCCAAUGGAGUUACUAGAUGAACGGUACUUGCAAGCAUGGGACAUAGAAAAGUGGUGCAAGGUCAACACAAGGAGACCCGAGUUAGAAAUCCCCAAAUCAUUGUUUGAUCUAAUAGAUAAGUGUCUGACAGUGAAUCCAAGAAAUAGGGUCGGUGUUGAAGAAGCUUUAAGGCAUGAGUUCUUUGCUUCAUGCAAUGAGACUAUGAGAAAGGGAAGGAUGAUAAGAAGAGGUAUCAGCUCAGAUACUGCAGCUUCAAGCUCAUUAUGAGAUCAGUUUCAUAAAACUGAGUAUUCUUUUUGGUAGCAACCAGUGUUAUAAUUAGUUACAAUAUUUCUUUGACCUCUUUUCUUCUUGUAUACCUCAGAAAUGUAUAUAUGACUAACUAAGGGACAAUUGAGUUCAUGUUAACUUGAGGGGAAGAUAAAUGUAAGAAUCUAGUGUAUCCA